AUGCAAACCGCAGCUUCGACCAGUGAGCGUAUUACGUACCUGUCGGAUCUGUAUGACUCACUGCGCCAGCAGCAGUCCUUCUCCGGCGAAGAUGAGCGCAUGCGCUGGCGUUGGCGACUGCACCAACUACAGCGGCAGCAUAACCCCGAACAACAGGACGCACUUGCAACUUCACUAUUGACAGCUAUCGAGAAUCAGAUCUCGGCGCUACCAAUAGAGAGUGAUGGUCAUUCAUCACGAACGCGAGCGUCCUCCGCAACUGCAAAGCACUCCACAACGGUUCCCGAGUUCCAUCUCACAGUGGAGGACUCGGAUUCCGAGAUGUUGCCUCGACGAGGAUCCAUCCCGAUCAUGGAGAACGAGGUGCUGGCCACCAUGGAAGACACACGACGAGGCAGCUGGGAUCGGAUGUCCAGACUCGUGCGUGCCGCUUCCGGUCACACAUUAGGAGCGCUCACUCGCUCCAGCUUCCGAGAUCGCGGUAGAUCCAUGCCGCUGUCAAGGAUGAGCUUGAGCGAGCUCGACUCAGACGUCAGAGAUAGUGGAGAUGAGAUGUCGCUGGCUGUAGCUGCCUCUAGUCGAGCACCGGAGUCUGUUAGUGUUGAAGAGGAGAAGGAAAGUGACUUGAGCUUGAGCUCGAUGGCAUACAGGAGACAGGAUAGCAACAGCUUGAGCCACUCGGUGCCCAGUUUGCUGCGGUCGAUGGCUAGUUAUCUUGGUCUCUCAAUGGAGGAGACGUUCUUAUGUCAAAUCUGCUACGACUACGCAUCUGUGAAUACAUCGUACGGGCUUUCAGUAUGUGGACACACAUUCUGCGAGGCGUGUCUGAGGAAUUAUCUGGAGUUUAAGAUCAAAGAGGGUCAAGUGUACCCGAAGUGCUUUUUUGAAAAAUCGGAGGAUAAAGUUGCGUGCAAGGCGGAGAUCUCGGUGGAUGAUAUUCAAUCGCUCGUUUCGGACGAGAUCUGGCAGAAAUACAACAAGUUUAAGUUCAACAAGGAGCAUGAGCUGGCGCGACAGUGUCCGUAUUGCGACCACUCGCAGAUUUGUGCUGGCAGUGACCAUCCGGAAUGUGUGUGCGAGGCUUGCAACCGUGAGUUCUGCUUUGUGCACAGCAACGCUCAUCAAGGACGGACGUGUGCUGAAUACGACAAGAAAAUGAUCGCUGUGGAGAAGCUCAAUAACGCGUUGAUCAGUAAAAUUUCCAAGCCAUGUCCUGGGUGUCAGAACAAUGUGGAGAAGACUGGUGGUUGUAACCAGAUGAAAUGUGUCGUCUGCAAUACCAGCUUCUGCUGGAUCUGCCUUAAGGUUAUCGAUGAUACUGUAUUCCCCGAGCACUUCCAGUGGUGGAACGUUCGUGGCUGUGCAGGCAACCAAAUGGCGGAUAUUGAGGGCCAAGGAGCGACUCAAAAGGGUAUUGGCUUGGUGAUGAGGAUACUCUUCUUCGUGAUCUUCGGUCCGCCGGCGUUCGUUAUGGCUGUGGUGUUCAGCAUCAUGUGCUGCUUCUUUCUUCCUUGUACAGCUCACGCCCACCUCACAUUUCGACAAGCUUUCACAACGUGUUUCUGCGUAUCUGGAUACAUUCUGCUCGCUCCAAUCGUGUUGGUGUUGGGGCUUGCAGCUUUGGGUGUAUUCCUCGGUGGCGCCGCUGCGGGAGCUGCAGUUCUCGCGUGCGUCUCGCCUAUUGUUGCGAUACUGUUAUGCUUCCGACGGGAUACCGGGCGCUCGACUUCCAGCCAUCGAGCAUCAAGCUCACGUCGCUCUGGCCACGCUGAAACUCCAACAGCUCGUGAUAUCGAAGACACGAAUGAUCAAUCGCCCAGUGACCAAACGGUUUUUCGCGUUUCAACCUGA